AUGGCGGAAGUUAUCGGUACCAUCUCCGCCGUGGCAGGAAUCGUCACAAACGUCGUGCAGGCCAUCCAACUGAUCGAUACCGCCCGAGACCGUGUCCGCGGAAAAUCAAAGACCAUGAAACAGGUCGCCACCCAGCUCGACAGCAUCUACCAGUCCCUCUCUCUAGUCCGCGACGAACGCCCUCUACAAACCGCUAAAGUGGAACAGCAUUGUGUGGUGAUUAUCGGAAUCGCGAAUGAGCUGGAAGCAUGUUUUGACCGACUUCAAUCCGGGCAGCAACACGGUAGCGUUCGUCGGUUCUUCAGUGCUAUGAAGAACGGUGAUAAGGACGACGCGGAGUUGUCUGAGAUUCUGCUGCGCUUAGAUCGUGCUCAGAAUGAACUCGUGUUGCGUAUUUCCGUCGCGCAGGUUGGUCUUAUGGGAAACUUAAAUCAGGGAUUCAAGGUCUCCUACGAUCUCUUGAUGGACACGAACCGCAAGUGCCAGAAGAUCCUUGGCACAGGUCUUCAGCUUGCCAGUCAGUUGCAAAGCAGACAGCCGGAGAGAAAUGGCCAAUUGGUACUUGGACACACCGAACUUCAGGAAUUGGGCCUGGUCAGACCUCAGGAGCAAGUUGAUGAAUCGCCUAAGCUGGACGCUAAAUUCACCGAUAAUAUCACCCUUGAUCAAGCCUCCAUUAUCAUAGGAAAUGUCGGGGUGCAGAACUGGGAGCACACUGCUCGGGUCAAGGCUACCAUUUCGGCGAAUAAGUUUGGAAACAAUCUGUCUAUGGUGGUGGGUAAUAUGGAAGCGUUCCCUAUGCAGCGUGUCUUUGGUUAA